CCAGUAGAGGUUUUGGAAAGGGCUAUUUAUCGUGCUUUAAGAAGUCAUCACAGUAACAAGAAUACGCCAUAGAAUGGAUGCAGAAGGAUUCCCACCACCACCACCUCCUGAAGUUUUAGAGACCGAAUUAACAGCCACUGCUGCAAAUGGUGAUGAUGAUGAAGAAGAGGGAGAACAGUUUGACUUUGACAGUGGAGAUGAGAUACCAGAAGCAGACCGACAAACUAUUUUGCCACCUAAUUCUGAGUCUAAAACUAAUGAAGAACAGGGAGAGUUGGGCUCUACAGGGACUGGAGAUUUAGAAAAUGCUGAUGGGACAGAGAAAACACAGAGAGCCGAAGCCAGUGCAGGCGGGGUACUACCAAGAGUAAACCCAUAUUCAGUUAUAACGAUUUCACCGAUGCAAGAAAAGGAGCCCUCAUUAUCACCAGAACCAAGUUCACAAGAUGGAAGUAUAAGCCCGACCCCCUCAACUGGAUAUUCUGUUCCUGUGCCCUGCGGCUAUGCUGUACCAUCCAAUUUACCGUUGAUAUUGCCAGCGUACUCCAGUCCGGUUAUAAUACGCACUAUCUCUGUGGAUGAAGAAGCAAAUGUUCACAUGGUUGCUGACGAUUGCCAUUCAAAUUCUCAAAGUUCAGAGGAGCCUCAGAACAAUGAAGAUAAUCAAGGGAAUAAAGAUGACGGUGUCUUGGCCAAGUGGGCUGCUGAUCCCGCAAACACAGAGUGGAUGGAGAAUGCAGAUGAAGUCAUUUAUGAUGAUGUACCCAGAGAAAAUUCAGAUUCUGAACCAGAGGAGAUGAUUUACGAUGAUGUUGAGAAUGGAGAUGAAGGUGGAAAUAGCUCUCUAGACUAUGGGUGGAGUUCGAGUGAGUUUGAAAGCUACGAAGAGCAAAGUGACUCAGAGUGUAAAAAUGGAAUGCCGGGUUCUUUCCUUCGUGGCAACCACAGAAGACAACUUUCUCAUGACCUAACCCGUUUAAAGGAGCACUAUGAAAAAAAGAUGAAAGAUUUGAUGGCAAACACGGUGGGAGCAGUAGAGAUUCAGCAGCUAAAGCAAAAACAUGAGCUGAAGAUGCAGAAGCUCAUGAGAGCAGCAAGAGAAGGCACUAAAGAUGGACUUGAAAAAACAAAAGCUGCUGUGAAGAAAGGUCGGUCAUUCAUAAGAACCAGGUCAUUUAUUAGUCAAGAUCACCGGUCCACCAGUCUGGAAGAAGAGGACCUGUUUAUUGAUGUAGACUGUAUGCACCCAGAGGCCAUAAUGACUCCUAUGCCUGAGGGAUUAUCACAGCAACAGGUGGUGAGAAGAUAUAUUUUAGGAGCUGUGGUUGACAGUGAGAAAAACUAUGUGGAUGCACUCAAAAGGAUUCUAGAGCAAUAUGAGAAGCCUCUUUCAGAGACGGAGCCCAAACUGUUGAGUGAGAGAAAACUAAAGAUGGUCUUUUAUCGAAUUAAGGAAAUUCUCCAGUGUCAUUCAAUGUUCCAAAUCGCACUGGCCAGUCGUGUGUCUGAAUGGGAUUCUGUGGAAAUGAUUGGAGAUGUUUUUGUUGCAUCGUUUUCAAAAUCUAUGGUGCUUGAUGCUUACAGUGAGUAUGUAAACAAUUUCAGCACUGCGGUGGGGAUUCUCAAGAAAACAUGUGCCACAAAACCUGCUUUUCUUGAGUUUUUGAAGCAAUGCCAAGAAUCUAGUCCUGACAGAAUUACACUCUAUGGCUUAAUGAUGAAACCCAUACAACGUUUUCCUCAGUUCAUCCUCCUGUUACAGGAUAUGUUAAAGAACACCAGUAAAGGGCACCCUGACAGGCUGCCUCUACAGAUGGCUCUCACAGAACUUGAAACCUUGGCAGAGAAACUAAAUGAGAGGAAAAGGGACGCAGAUCAGCGCUGCGAAAUAAAACAAAUUGCAAAAGCCAUGAAUGAGCGUUAUCUGAACAAGUUACUCAGCAGUGGGAACAGAUACCUCAUACGAACAGAUGAUAUGCUAGAAACGGUUUACAAUGACAGAGGAGAAAUCAUCAAAACCAAAGAGCGACGACUGUUCAUGUUAAAUGAUGUACUAAUGUGUGCUACUGUGAAUCUCCGAUCUGCCCAUGAAAGUGGCGGCAUUGUGACAGGCCAAAGGUACUUAUUAAAAUGGAGUGUGCCCCUUGGGCAUGUAGACGUCAUAGAGUAUGGAAGCAGUGAAGGUCAAGACGAGAACUGCAGAUUCUCUUCCCAGCAUUCUCCCGAGAACAUUGUUGUUAACGCCAAGCCUAACAAGCUUUAUAUGGGACCGGGUCAACUUUACCAAGAUUUGCAGAAUCUCUUGCAUGACUUGAAUGUAGUUGCCCAAAUCAGUCAACUGAUAGGCAGCCUGAAAGGAAACUACCAGAAUCUAAAUCAGUCAGUGGCACAUGACUGGACCUCGGGUUUACAAAAACUUAUUCUGAGAAAAGAAGAUGAAAUCAGAGCUGCAGACCGCUGUAGAAUUCAACUUCAGCUUCCAGGAAAGCAGGACAAAUCAGGUCGGCCUACUUUCUUUACAGCGGUAUUUAAUACCUUUACCCCUUCCAUCAAACAAUCUUGGAUCAAAAAUUUACAAGUGGCGAAGCUUGCUCUAGCUGAGGAGAAUCUGCUUGGCUGGUUCUGUAUAGACGAUGAUGGGAAUCAGAUUAAAAAAGAGAAGCAUCCUCUCCUUGUCAAGCAUAUGCCUGUGAUGAUGGCCAAACAACAGGAAUUUAAGGUUGAAUGUGCUGCUUAUAAUCCUGAACCAUAUUCAUGUGAAGAAACGGAUCCAGAUUCCCUUUCUAUAGAGCAUGGUUUUCUAUGGAUUGGCAGUUGUACCAAUCAAAUGGGCCAGAUUGCCAUUGUUUCAUUUCAAAAUUCCAGUCCAAAAGUUAUUGAAUGCUUCAAUGUGGAGUCAAGAAUACUCUGCAUGGUCUACAUUCCAGAAGAGGAGAAACAUAAAGAGCCAGACCUGCCCACUGAGCCUGAAGAUAUACCGAAAAAACCUCCAGGUGUCCCAACCAUUUGCCUGGGCAUGGAAGAAGGAAGCAUCUCUGUGUACAAGAGUAGUCAAGGCUCUAAGAAAGUCCGCCUGCAGCACUUCUUCGCUCCAGACAAGUCGACUGUCAUGAGCCUGGCAUACAAAGCCCGUCACUUGUUUGCUGGCCUCGUCAAUGGGAACAUUGCCAUCUACACAAAGUUGGAAGAUGGAGUCUGGAAUUCAGAACCUCAGAAAGUAGUGAAGUUGGGAGUUCUUCCAGUAAGAAGUCUCCUUGUCAUGGAAGAAACGAUCUGGGCAGCUUCUGGUGGACAGAUUUUUAUAAUUAGCACGGAGACUCAUACUGUAGAGUGCCAUUUUGAAGCUCAUCAAGAGGAAGGGAUGGUGAUUUCUCAUAUGGCUGUUGCAGGAGUUGGGAUCUGGAUUGCCUUCACUUCAGGAUCGACACUUCGCCUUUUCCACACUGAAACCCUUAAACACCUCCAAGAUGUCAACGUUGCUCCUCUCGUUCACAAUAUGUUGUCAGGACAGCAACGUGUGUCUGUAACCAGCCUCCUGGUAUGCCAUGGCUUAUUAUUAGUCGGAACAAAUCUGGGGAUCAUGGUAGCACUCCCGGUUCCUCGAUUACAGGGAAUCCCCAAAGUAACUGGAAGAGGGAUGGUCUCUUACCAUGCGCAUAAUGGCCCUGUUAAGUUCCUUGUCAUGGCUUCCGUGUCAAGCAAGCGAAGCAAAAGCAAAUCAAGGCACAGUCUGAACCGUCCUUCUUCAGGAUUGAAAGAUGAUGGCCAGAAAAACGUUGCACCCAGUGAGAGGCCCAGUUCUUCUCUAAGCCAUCCAAAUGAAAAUGCUAUUUGGUUGGGAGAUUCAGUGGGAUCCAUCGCUCAAAAAAGUGACAUGUCUUCAUCUUCUGGGUCCUUGACUUUGUCUCAUGGAUCCAGUACAACUGAACACAGGUCUGAGGAAAUGGCUGUGUAUGAGCUUCUGAAAGAAGUCUCCCUUAACCAGAGUAAAAAACGCCGAUCUAAAGAAGGGAAAGCAAUAUCAGUCUUGGUCAUCUCUGGAGGACAAGGGCACAGAAGAGUGAACAAGAAGUCAAAGCAGCAACGGCCAGAUGAACUAGUUUCAUCCGUAAUGGUUUGGCAGAUCCCACUCUUGAAGAUCUAAAAGCAUUCAUGAUAAUACCAUGUCACUUUGCAAAAGUGGUUUUUUAAAAAAAAUGAUUAUGUGAAGGAAAUAAACUUCCUUCACAAGAGAAUUUUGGUGACCUCAUCUCAGUAUGCCUUCUGAGUUAAGUGUCAAUAUUUGCAAAAGGUCCACCUAUUCAUAAAACUACUUUGUGCUGAAGUCAAAGUGGUGGCUUCCUUAACACUCCUAGAGGUAACCUGAGACCUCUUGUUCAGAACUGUGCUUGAAAAUGUUCAACUCUUCAUGAAAGUUCUGUAACAGAAACGGAGUUGUUUUGAGUUCUUUUUGCAAUUUUGCCUUUAUUUAUGCUCUAGUUUCAUGGUCUAGAGUACCUUAAGUGAAGACUAGGAUGAAAUAGCAUUCCACUGAUGCAUCUUCCUUAAGGAAUCUUUCCUUGCAGUAUAUGUGUUAUUCAUUUUACCAAACAUUUUUGAGUAAUGAUUAUUCCAAUAUAGUCUAUUAGGGUAACUCCAAGGACUCUAGAUAUAGUACAGAUUUCCACAAGGAAGUACCGGAAAAGAAAAAUGCAGUUUUGUCACAUAUUAAUUGGGAUUUAUAUCCUUUGAAGCAAUACUAAUUGUAAGAUUCAGCACUUAAAAAUAAAUGUUGUAGAAUAUAAAUGUUAAAAUUUUGAAACAUGGAAUACAUGUUUUACAUCUGUCACUGAUUAAGAGAUUAUUUUACGUGGGGAUCUUGUUGUUUAACCACUUUGUCAUCCUGAAUAUGCAAAAAACAAAACAAAAAACACCUCAUUUAAGUUGACUAUAGAGUUUAAAAAGGAUGGACAGUAGUUUGUGCUUUGGUGCUCAUCCACUUCAUAGUACAUUCUGUUGCUGGCAGUGGAAUGUGCUUUGUUUAAAUGUACUAUGUAUACGUUUUGAAUAACUUGGUAGUAUAAGAGUAAUCAUGGCAAAACCAGUAAGACAAUUAAAAGACCAAUAAUAUUAAGUGAUUGUGAUGUCUCCAUAAGACAACUAGACAGAGAUAAACGCUACAUAGUGCAUCCAUGUGUGCUGAAAGUGCACAUUAUCAAUAAGGCUGAUCAAUUGUGAUCAACUGAAGUAUGUAUCAUGAAUAUAGGCAAAGCCCACUGCUUAAUAUCUAUGGGAGGAAGUGCACCAUCAUUUGCAAGCAGCGGGGGAAGGGCCCCAAUUAGAAUGACAUCCAUUAUCAUUGUACUGCACAGAUACACAGUCCUAUUUAUCCACAUGUAUCAAGAAUUCAGAAAUUCUUUGGGACUAUGAGAAUAUAGCAUCUCUAUGCUAUUGACCCAUGUGAAGAGCUGAGGAUUUAAAUUUUUAAAAAUGUUUAAUGACUUAGUAUACCAAUUAAUAUCUCCACUUUAGGAAGAACCGGAAUACAGGAACAGCUUUGAGUCGCUUAGAAAUCUAGCUGCCCCAUUUCAUUCCUUGAUGCAGGGUGAAAUUUUGUAUUAUGGCCAGGGAGUUAAGUGUACCUGUAUGGCUUGAUCCAGACUUGGUCAUAAUUAGAAAAUAUCCACUGAAUGUAACGGUACCUCAGUUAUUAACCAACUCAAUUAUUAAUCAAUGAUGCAAUGGAUUAGAAUUGGUCAUAUGUAACAGUAGAGCUGUUGGGAUAAAUAAGAUAGUUAAUAAUCAAUAAAUGAGUUAGUUAAUAAUCAAGAUCAUCAGAUUAAUAAUCAAGAUCACCAGGUAGUGGUCCGAGACAUAUAACCAAUUGGGCAAGACAAGAAUGUGGUUGAUCUUACUGUGGAUAGACAUGGAUAGUGGAUGUCUAGAAGGUUUGCUAUAGAUUGGUCAAUAUUUUUUUAUUUAGCCCCCCUCCACCAGCUCAUUUUACAAAUGCAAAAAGAGAAGAACCUUUUAUUUCAGCUUGUAAAUGUUAGACUCCACAGUAGUCGAAAUAUGGUUUUUAUAGCAAAGAAAACCUAAAUGAGCCUUCGGUUCUUUACUUGAACAAUGAAUGGGAGCCAACAAAAGGAGCUUAAGAUUUAUCUGAAUACUAUAAAUAAAUAUACUACUUCUUGUCCCAGCUUGCCCAAUAAAUGUCUAAUGAUACUCGGUGAACUCAUUUCUCAUAGUGGGUUAGAAGAUGUCUUGAAUACAGCUUUAGCAUUGAUGUAUAAUGUUACGGUAUAAAUUAGAUCAACAUAUUCAGCCAGGGAGUGUGGCCCUCCAUAGGCUGUUGGGCUGCAGUGCCUGUGAUUCCUCACUACAGGUUAUUCUAACCACAGCUGAUGAGCACUUCAGUCAAAUGGUAUUUGGAAGGUUACACUGUCCCCAUGUCUGCACAGGUCAGUUGUCUCUAAACCAACCAAUAUUAAAGAAACCUACUGUCUUCUUGAUGUAUCUAUUGUACACCACUGGCUUGGGAAAUCAAUAGAAUAAAUUCCAGUAGCAUAAAAACAAAGCAGGAUUGAAUUUAUUACUAACUAGCUUUUACCAUGUAGAUACCAUGGCUAUAUCUCUCAAAGCCUAUGUAGCUUGUUAAGCUUCUACCUGUUGGUAGUCUUGUUGACUUUACUGCUGUUGGUCAGUAUCCAAAGAAAUAUUAUGCUAAUGUUCAAGAGUCCACUGCUUUUUUUCUUUUUUACAAAAACUAUCUCCUUUCUCAGUGGUAGAUCCUUUCAAAGCUGAAGGGGGCUUUCAAAAGUUGUGCUACACCUGAGGGCUCAGUUGUCCAAAGGAGAAACCGUCUCUUUCUGGGACCCUCCCACUAGGUACUGCCAGUAGAGAUUCCUACAAGUUGUAUGCGCUGCUAGAUGUUAUGGCAAGCAAAAGCUUUAAAAUAUCUUAUGUAAAACUGUACAUAGGUAUAAACUAAAAUGCUAACCUGUAACUAAGUACAAAAAUACAAUAUUUGCCUUGUAAUAUAUUGCAUAUUGGUACGAUAUUGCUUUGAUGUUGGAUGCAAGCCAAUGGUAAUGUACUUUUAGAGUCAACAUAGAGAAAUCUAUACCACUGUGUUGCUAGGAGGACCAGAUUUUGCUUCUGACUCCAAAAUGCAGCAUAUCUGAGGGAUAUAAGAGGAAGAGGUAUGAGCAUAACCACUACGAUGCAUUAACUGUUUUCUAACAUCUAAUAUUAUAUGUGUUAUAACCUGAGCCAUAAAGAUUUGUAUUUAUGUCCACCGUAAACUCAACAAAAUGUUUAUUAAAGAAAACUGUGAAUAAACAAGUCCUCAAAACA